AUGUUCCCGGCCCCCCUCGUGCUGUUGUUGUUGGGUUUGUCGGCCAGUGGCAAGCUUACCAUGAACAACCCUGAGAGCAUCGUGUCCUUCGUUACGAGCGGCCAGAAAGUGGGAUUCACUCUAGAGCAGCUCUUAACUGGCUCUACCAACACCAGUCUGCGCUGGGUGUGCGAUAUCCCAGCCAAUGUGACUAUAAAAUUCAUGAUAUCCGACGCGACAGGUGACAUGAACGCGUCCUUCUCGGACCCGCUGGUCAUUGGAGCUGGCUCAACAACGUCGUGUUUAUCCAACUCGGCUGCAGCAGCCUCGGCGUCAUCUAUGGGGCUCAUGUCGACGCCCAUAAGCACCUCGUCCACACCGACUAGCACAUCACAAGGCAGCACCACUACAACCCCUGCGGCCGGAAAACGGUCGUUCCCAAGCACACUUACAAUCGUCAUGAUCAGUAUAGGGGUAGCCUUCGCUGUUCUUCUAGUUUCCGUCUACCUGGUACAUGUCAUCCGCGACAGACGGCGGAAAAAGGAGAAUGCCCAGCAAGAGCCUCACGACAUGGAGGAGGCAAACGUUCCCGCUCGCCCUGGUCUGGUCCACCCCACACCCCUUGCUGGUGUCAAAACCCGGUCCGUCCCGGGACAGGAACCAUUGCCCUCGCCUACAAAUGCAACUGUCAAUGAGUACACGUCGUUUAGCCAACCCCCGGGUCAUCAGUCAACUGUCCCAUCCAACGAUCACGCAUCUUUGAACCUCCUCUCACUUCACCAUUCCACCACAACCAGCACAAACCAACACCCAGCUGGAUCGCUUGACCGGCCUCUGGAAGGCUCAGCCAACACCUCUGUCGAGUCUCUCUUAGGUCUCAGAUCACACAUCAUGAACCUGGGUUCCAGCGAGGUUGCCUGGGCAGCCACAGCCCCGGAUGACGAGGAAGUCGUGGGCGAUGAGCCAGAGAGCUCGAGACACGGUCGGCGAGGCCAGAGUUUCUCAGCUGCCACGGGCAUUUACGACGAGAACGGGAUGGAACUGGACCAUGAAAAGGGUAGAUAG